AUGGACCAGAAAAUCCUGCUUCUGGCAGCAGAGGGAAACUCAGAGCACCUCCAGUCAUGCCUGCAGAGCCUGGAUGAAAAAGAGUUGAAUGACCUCAUUACGAAACAUGCUUUGAGGAAGAAGGGGAUUGGUGCUGUUUUGAGAGGAAUGUUCAAAGGUUCCCCUUGCUCUCAACAGAAGGGUGUUUCCAGAAGACUAAAUAUUUACAAACACUGUAUCGAGUUAGUGGAGUCCGGUGACCUGCAAGUGGAAAUUGCAUCUGAGAUAAUAAGAUUGCUUAUGUUAGAGGCUCAUAAGCUACCGGGGCUUACUUUGGCUGACUUGGCUAUGUUGUUCAUUGAAGCCAUUAAAGGAGGCAGCCUAUUGAGUGGCAAGUCUUUGGAACUCUUUCCUACAAUUCUUACUGUGUUGGCUACAUCUAAAGAGACCCUUGAAUAUGGGACAGGUGAGCUGACUGGGGACGAAUAUAAGAAACAGCUGAUCAAUACCCUCUGUUCCAGCAGGUGGAGCCCUCAGUAUGUGAUCCAUAUAACUUCCAUGUUCAGGGAUGUUCCAUUGAGUAAAGAAGAAUUGCAAUUUGUGGUAGAAAAGAUCUUAAGAAUGUUCUCAAAGUUAGAUCUCCAGGAAAUCCCACCUUUAGUGUAUCAGCUGUUGCUACUUUCUUCAAAGGGUAGCAAGAAAAACAUUUUGGAAGGGAUUGUCAACUUUUUCAACCAGAUGGAUAAAAAGCAAAAAGAAGAGCAGAGAGAUUCAAAAUCCCUGGAACUUGAAGAAGCUACAGUGCCCUUAGAACAACUCCGCCACGUGGAAGGCACCAUCAUUCUGCAUGUUGUCCUAGCGAUAAAUCUGGACCAUGAUCUAGGAAAGGAGCUAAUAAAAUACUUAAAGACAGAGCAGCAAGGAGAUCCUAGCAAAGCCCUUUGCCCCUUCAGUGUGACCAUUCUGCUUUCAAUGGCCAGAAUACACCGAUUUAAAGAACAGAUAUUUGACUUUCUGAAAACGUCAGUUAUGAAAACUUUCAAGGACAAACAGUUUCUUCAGGGCUCCAGGUUUCUACAGGAUUUAGCUCCUCUGCAGUAUGAUGUAUCUGACAUGUUUUUGGAAGUUGUAGCAAACAGCGUGUUUGGUUGGGAUCAUGUGACUCAGGGUCUGGUAGAACUUGGGUUUAUCCUGAUGGACUCUUAUGGGCCAAAAAGGCCUUUUGGAGGUAAAGCCAUGGAAAGUAACCAUAUUCUGCCCAAAACUCCAGCCCAGCAAGUGUGUAAAUUGGGAGCUGAUAUCCUCUUGGAAACUUUCAAGGUCCAUGAACCAAUCAGAAGUGAAAUUCUAGAGCAAAUCCUGAACAGAGUGGUCACAAAUGCAGGCGUUCCCAUCACCCACUUCAUAGACUUAUUGUCCAGCAUAAUUCUAUCUGCUCCUCUUGUCCUCCAGAAUUCUUCCUCUAAUGUUACAGAAGCUUUUGAGCAUUUAUCUUUCCUCCCUCUUGACACAGUUCAAGGGUUUCUCAAGGCUGUACAGGUAAAUGUAAUGUUGCAACAGAUAAAACAAUAUUAUGAAGCUGAACCAGACCUGCUGCCCCCAUUGAAAUUAGAAAAAUGCAUCCUGGCUCAAAGAGAUCAAAUCUUCUUGCAGGAACCUUUGGCUCACCUCCUGUGCUGUAUUCAACAUUGUUUGGCCUGGUAUACGAAUGUUUUAACUGCGCACCAGCAAGCUGAAGAAGAUCAGGAGGACGAGGAGGAUAGAAGCUUUCAGCAAGAAUUGGAUAGGAUGUUGGAAUCCAUCACAAGACGAAUGAUCAAGAGCGAACUGGAAGAUUUUGAGCUGGAUAAAUCAGCAGACUUCUCUCAAUCAACCGGAGUGGGCUUAAAGAACAACAUCUAUGCCAUUUUAGUGAUGGGGAUCUGUGAGGUCUUGAUUGAAUACAACUUUAGUACAGGCAACUACAAUAAGAACAAGUUUGAAGAUGUUUUGAGCCUAUUCAAGUGCUACGCAAAACUUUGUGAAAUCCUGAAAGAGAAAGUGGGAAAGAACAAACUCUCGUCAACAAGCAAAAUUGCCCGAAGUUUCCUAUCGAUGGGCUUUGUGUGUACUUUACUUACAAGUCUCUUCAGGGACUGUGCCCAAAGCCAUGAGGAGAGCCUGGCUGUUCUCCGCUCCAGCACUGAAUUCAUGCGCUAUGCUGUCACUGUAGCAUUGCAGAAAGUGCAACAAUUGGAUGAGACAGGGCAGACAGAUGGGCCGGAGGGAGAGAACCCAGGGAAGAUGUUCCAGUAUCUUUGCAAAAUCACUCGAGUCCUCCUUUGGAGAUACACCUCAAUCCCAACAUCAGCAGAAGAAUUUGGGAAGAAGGAUAAAGGCAAAAGCAUCUCGCUGUUAUGCUUGGAAGGCCUACUGCGUAUUUUUAACACAGUGCCACAACUUUAUCCAACCAAAAUCUCACAAUUCCUCCAGGCUUUGGAUAUUGCAAAUGAAGACGAUGACGAAGCAGCAGCGGAGGUGAAUGUCACUGAGAAAGCUGCCUUCCAGAUUCGGCAGUUUCAGAGAUCACUAACAAACCUGCUCAGCAACAUAGAAGAAGAUUUCAACAGCAAGGAAGCUCUUCUGUUGAUCAACAUCCUUGUGAUGCUCUCCAAACUGUUGGACCCUUCCUCAUCCCAGUUUGUACAGCUGUUAUCAUGGACAGUGAAGCUUUGCAAGGAAACUAGCUUGGAAGAUGCUCCUUGCUGCAAAGGUUUACUCUCUCUGCUUUUCACACUGCAUGCUCUUGUUAAAAGCCCAGUCACCGUACUGCGUGAUCUUGCCCAAGACAUUCAUGCUCAGCUGGGAGACAUAGACCAGGAUGUUGAAAUGGAACAUCAAUGUCACUUUGCCAUUGUGAACUCAAAGACUGCAGCUCCUACAGCUUGUUUAAUGGUUUUGAGUCAAGCAGACAAGAUCCUUGAAGAGGUAGAUUGGCUGAUCAACAAGAUGAAAAAUUAUUUGGGAUCUGAGGCAGCAGAAAAUGCCUCUCAAGCCGUAAACCAAACUCAACCUCUAGAGAAGGCUGUUGUUCUACAGCUUGGGACUGCGCUGACCGCCUACCACGAGCUGGUCCAAACAGCCUUACCCACAGGGAGCUGUGUGGACACAUUGCUUAGGAGUCUCAGCAAGAUGUAUGCCAUUCUCACAACACUUGUAAAAUAUUAUCUCCAAGUGUGUCGAAACACAACUGGAGGGAUUCCAGGACGAUUUGAGAAACUGGUUAGACUGUCUGGUUCCCACAUGACUCCCCAGUGCUAUGCCUUCAUUACAUACGUACAGAAUGUCCAACGUGAAACCCUGACCUCUGCAAUCGAAAAAAAGAAAAAAGACAAAAAGGGAGAGGAAUCCGCUGUUAUGGCUAAAGUAUUGCGGGAGACUAAACCAAUUCCAAACUUGGUUUUCGCCAUAGAACAAUAUGAGAAUUUUCUGAUCCAUCUCUCGAAAAAGUCAAAGGUUAACCUAAUGCAAUACAUGAAACUAAGUGCUUCCCGGGACUUCCGAAUCAAUGUAUCUACCGUAGAAAAUGUCCUACAAGAACAGGAUGCGGAGGACGAGCCAGACCAAGAUGAGAGCAUUGCAUCUGCCCAGUCAAACACCAGCAGAGAACCCAAGAAAAAAAGACGAAAGAAAUGAGAGCUGCCCCUUUUCUUCUCAAAUGCCUGGCUUUGCACUGUUUUUAACAUCUACAAGGA